UAUGAACGGCGUUUCAUAGAAAACAUUGUAAACAUUGAUUGAAAUGCCUUUAAGUAUUGAAAAAUGUGUUUACAAUUAAUGCGAUUAUCAUUGAAUAGACAUCAAUGGUGUCGACAAAGAGUUAUAGGAAGUGAUGGAUGUGUCGGUCAUUUGUGGCAACAGAUACGGUGUCUGAAGGCAUCACAUAUUUGGUCAGAUUUUUCCGAUAACGAAGAAAACAAUUCAAAACGAAAACAACGACUAAUAUUGAAAUCGGGUUUUGAGUCCGAAUCGGAACAAAUUCUUUCAAAUCUUCAGGAGUUGUCCGACAAUAAUACAGGAAGUGAUUACUGGAGUCAUUGGGACGAUGAAGUGGAUCCAGUUAUCAGAGGUGUAAAAUCAAAUGCUAUACCAUUGAGAAGCCAUAAACAUAAGUCAAUAUAUGACAGAAAAAAUUAUUUCAUUGACUGUAAGCGAGUCAAGUGUUUUGGUGGUAAAGGUGGUGAUGGGAUGAUCUGUUUCCUUAAACUUUUUUGUAAUCCUAUGGCUGGUCCCAGUGGUGGUGAUGGUGGUAAUGGUGGUCAUAUCAUACUUGAAGCCGAUAAACAAAUUAAAAGUUUAGCAAAUUUAGACUCAUUAUUGAGAGCCGAAUCGGGAGAGAAUGGUAUGAGUAAAGACAUGAGUGGUAAGGAUGGCAAACAUAUGAUAAUUAAAGUUCCCGUCGGCACACUUGUCAAAGACGAUGAAACACAUAGACUUAUUGCCGAUCUCGAUGUCAACGAAUCUAAAUUUCUUGCGGCCCGAGGAGGACAGGGAGGCAAAGGAAAUCAUUAUUUCUUAGACAAUAUCAACAGACAUCCAAAAGUUGCAGAAAUUGGAGCAAUUGGAGAGUCAAAGACUUACAUUUUUGAAUUGAAAACUAUGGCCCACUCGGGUUUAGUUGGCUUUCCUAACUCUGGAAAGUCCACACUUUUAAGUGCCAUUUCACGGGCCAAACCUAAAGUAGCGAACUAUCCGUUCACAACAUUGAAUCCUACGGUUGGUAUCAUUGAAUACGAUGAUUACGAACAGUUAGCUGUUGCUGACUUACCCGGUCUUAUAGAGGGUGCCCAUCAAAAUAGAGGGUUAGGAAUAGCCUUUUUAAGGCAUAUUGAGCGAUGUGUUUGUCUAAUUUAUGUCAUCGAUUUAACGGUUGACGAUCCCUAUAAACAAUUGUUGUGUCUAAUGUCAGAACUGGAUCACUACAAGAAAGGUCUGUCUAAGCGACCGCAUGCCAUAGUGGCCAAUAAAAUUGACGCUCCCGGAGCUGAACACAGACUCAAACAAUUGAUUGAAAGUGUGGGUAAAACAGAUUUCCGGAUAAUUCCCAUUUCAGCAAAAUAUGGCAUUAAUUUAAGUGAAUUAUUAAAUUAUUUUCGAGAGUUAUAUGAUUUAUAUAAUUAUAAGCAUAAUAAUGAAAACGGAUUAAUUUGGUAA